UGGUCCUGUGCCGCCGUUGAAAAUGGACCAAAUGCGGUUAGAGCGCCUUUCACUCUCAACGUCUACUUCCUCUGCUUGACACUCAUUUGGUAAAGGGGAGCCCACUCACGCUCGCUGUGACUUUCCGGAGUGGCUGACGUUCACGAAACGACGAAGGAAGAAGAUGCUGUGGUCGCGACAGGUGGCGUGUUGCUGCCUGCUGAUGCUCGUCCACGCUUCUGCUCUGUCAGCUUACGAAUGCAGCUCCAGUCAGCUGAAGUGCGCAAACGGCAGGUGUGUCACCCGCAGGUGGGUUUGUGACGGGACGGACGACUGUGGCGAUGGAACUGAUGAACUCCCCGAAACAUGCGCGGCCAGAACGUGUCUAGACACAGAGUUCAGCUGCGGUGCCCCCGAGCAUCAGUGUGUACCCCAGGGCUGGCAUUGUGACGGCAACGCUGACUGUGACAACGGCGCAGAUGAGAAGAACUGCACGGCCAAGCAGUGCACGGCUCAGCAGUUCCGCUGCACCACAGGACAGUGUAUAUCUGACAGCUUCGUGUGUGACCACGACGACGACUGUCCCGACGGCUCAGACGAGGCUUCCUGCCCGAAGCCCACAUGUAGCCCGCAGACCUUCCAGUGUAAUAACUCUGUAUGCCUGCUCGCUACCUGGCUCUGCGACGGCGACAAAGACUGCGCCGACGGGUCCGACGAGUGGCCCCAGAACUGUGCGGGCAAGCAGCCGGAGAAGAAGACUUGCGCAGCGCAUGAGUUCCAGUGCGCUGAUGGCUCGUGCACACACAGCAGCUGGCGCUGUGAUGGCAGCACGGACUGCCUGGAUCACUCGGAUGAAGUCAACUGCACUCGCCCUACUUGUCGGCUGGAUGAGUUCCAAUGCGGUGACGGCACGUGUAUCCAUGGCAGCCGUCAGUGCGACAACCUGCGUCACUGUUCAGACGGUAGCGAUGAGCUCGGCUGCCAAGCAGAAAAUGCCUGCGACGGCCCGACUCAAUUCAAGUGCGGCAGCGGGGAGUGCAUCAGCACGGCGAAGUUGUGCGACAAACAGAGAGACUGCCAGGAUUGGUCGGAUGAGCCGGUCACCGAGUGCAACAACAACGAGUGCUCGAGUGGAAAUGGCGGCUGCUCCCAUGGUUGUAUAGAUCUAAAGAUUGGCUACAGUUGUUCCUGCCCUGCAGGAUACAUACUUCAGGCGGACAACAAAAACUGUGAAGACAUUGACGAAUGUGCAGAUCCGGACAUCUGCAGUCAGACUUGCAUCAAUGAGCCCGGCAGCUACAAGUGUGAUUGUAAAGAAGGCUUUGCCAUGGAUCCUGUUGCCAAGACCUGCAAGGCUGAGUCAGGCACCACACCCACCCUCUAUUUCACAAACAGACAUGAGGUGAGGAAGAUGACGGUGGAUCGUAGCGAGUACGUGCGUCUGGUGGGCGGGCUGAAAAACGUAGUAGCUCUGGACAUGGACAUGCCUAGAGAGAUUAUCUUCUGGGUGGACCUUGCCCACAAGAAAAUCUACAGCUCUAGGUUAGACACGGCCGCCAAUUCCUCCCAACAUACCGUAGUGAUCGGCGAUGGAAUGAAGGACCCAGAAGGCCUUGCAGUGGACUGGAUCCAUGGCAACAUCUACUGGACUGACAGUUCCUUGCACUGCAUCUCCGUGGCAACGACAGAGGGCAGCAAGAGGAAGACGCUGAUCACAGAAAACCUGCAGAAGCCAAGAGCCAUCACAGUGGAUCCAAUCAACAACUUCAUGUACUGGACUGACUGGGGUGAGGAGGCAAGGAUAGAGAGGAGUGGUUUAAAUGGAGCCGACCGCAUCGUCUUGGUAAAGGACAACAUUGUGUGGCCUAACGGAAUCACCCUUGACAUGGUCAACCAGCGACUCUACUGGGUGGACUCAAAGUUGCACACGCUCUCCAGUGUAGAUGUGAACGGAGGGACGAGACACACUCUCAUCUUCAAUAAAGAAAAACUUUCACACCCGCUCUCCCUGACUGUCUUCGAGGACAAAGUAUUUUGGACGGACACAAGCAACAGUGCAGUUUACAGCGCUAGCCGUAAGACGGGAGGGGACAUUACGGAGCUGGCAAGAGACCUGGAGCAGCCCGAGGACAUCGUGCUCUACCACAACCUCAAGCAACCGAGCGGUCGCAACUGGUGCACAGAGAGCAACAAUAUUAACGGAGGCUGCGAGUUCUUGUGCCUUCCUGCCCCGGUCAUUAACCAAAACUCUCCGAAAUACACCUGUGCCUGCCCGGACCACAUGACCAUGGCGCCUGACAUGAGAAAAUGUGUGGCAGCGGCGCCGCCUGCUUUAAGUAACAACAGUGAUCCAGACAACCACGCUGUGACGAAAACCCCAAUCACGACUACCUCAAUCAUGCAGCCUCAGAAGCCCAACAUCUCUUCCUCACUACUGCCUUCAGCCAACAGACAUGUGCCCGCAAAGGCCGAGUCGUCUCACCCUGCUCCCCUCUACAUUGCAAUUCCAAUCGUGGUCAUGAUCUUGCUGGUGUUUGGCGCAGCGUUGCUAUGGAGACACUGGCGACAGAGGAACACCAACACCAUCCACUUUCUCAAUCCUGUUUAUCAGAAGACCGUAGAGGACGAGGAGCACAUCGGCAGAAACAACACGGAAGGCUACGUGUAUCCUCAGAGACAAAUCCUUAGAAUGGAGGACAUUGAUGUGGCUUAAUGGACCCUGAACAAGUGACAACCAAAACUAAGGCUAUUUUUUUUUCUAUUUUCUACUUCAAUCUUCCAAAGAAGCCAUAGUUUACAUCUACGGAUUGUAUGAAUGAAUGAAUGCCACCAUGUCAAACCUCAACAUGUCUUCGGAAUCAAAAGGUUUAGAAGAUGAUGCUUUUACUCGCACUGAUCUUGUCUGAAUGUACCAAAACCGUUUGCUGCAUAUUUAUUAUUAUCUAGCACCAACGUGUAACUUAAUGGUGGUGAGCAGAUGAUUGACACAUGAAGUGGGUUACACACGUAAAGGAAAUUAGGCCGUUGUUGUCUCGGUUUUUCCCCUUUCAAUCAAAGACCGCAAACACCUUAUGUCUUAUAAGAUUGUUCUAUGGUAUGCGGUUUGUUAAGAGUGCCCUUAUAAAUGGCUCCAAAACGGGUAGGGCCAAAAAUAUAUUUAACAAAAAUAUUGCACAGGGUUAAAGGCCUAUUGAAAUGACAUUUUCUUAUUUAAACGGGGAUAGCAGGUCCGUUCUAUGUGUCAUACUUGAUCAUUUCGCGAUAUUGCCAUAUUUUUGCUGAAAGGAUUUAGUAGAGAACAUCGACGAUAAAGUUCGCUACUUUUGGUCGCUGAUAAAAAAGCCUUGCCUUUACCGGAAGUAGCAGACGAUGUGCGCGUGACGUCACGGGUUGUAGGGCUCCUCACAUCCUCACAUUGUUUAUAAUGUGAGCCUCCAUCAGCGAGAGCUAUUCGGACCGGGAAAGCGACAAUUUCCCCAUUAAUUUGAGCGAGGAUGAAAGAUUUGUGGAUGAGGAAAUUUAGAGUGAAGGUGUAGAAAAAAGAAGAAAAAAGGCGAUUGCAGUGAGAGCGAUUCAGAUGUUUUUAGACACAUUUACUAGAAUAACUCUGGGAAAUCCUUUAUCUGCCUAUUGUGUUGCUAGGGUUUUAGAGCGGUAAAUAGUACCUGAUGGUCGAAGGGGUGUGGAGGGAAGUCACGAAGCUGCAGCAGGACAGAAGCUCCGCUGAUCUCCAGUAGGAGGCGACUUAUUACCACAAUUUUCUCACCGAAAACUGCCGGUUGACAUGUAGUCGGGAUCCAUGUUCGCUUGACCGCUCUGAUCCAUAGUAAAGCUUCACCUCCGGGAAUUUUAGACAAGGAAACACUGUGUGUUUGCGUGACUAAAGGCUAAAAGCUUCCCACCUCCAUCUUUCUACUUUGACUUCUCCAUUAUUAAUUGGACAAAUUGCAAAAGAUUCAGCACCACAGAUGUCCAGAAUACUGUGUAAUUAUGCGAUGAACAGAGACGACUUGGUGCUGGGCUAAUAAGUCCCCUACAAACAAUAACGUCACAAACACGCGUCAUCAUUCCGCGACGUUUUCAACAGGAAACUCCGCGGGAAAUUUAAAAGUGUAAUUUAGUAAACUAAAAAGGCCGUAUUGGCAUGUGUUGCAAUGUUAAUAUUUCAUCAUUGAUAUAUAAACUAUCAGACUGCGUGGUCGGUAGUAGUGGGUUUCAGUAGGCCUUUAAAAUUUACGACCAAAACUUUUCAUGUCUGUUGGAAAGUCAAAACUUGAGUCAUCACUCCGUAAACUCUGAUGUGGUAGGAAAGUAGCCAGUCAGGAAGUUAAAAAAGAAUCAGGAAUACUUUCAGAAAGUUCUCACCUCUAUCUCACUCGGUACAUUAUCAGGGUUUCUGCAGGUCAUUAAAAAUGAAGGCCUUAAAUAUGUUCAGAGUCAUUAAAAGAAACUAAUGUGGUGAAAUUAAACAAGUGGACGAGUAAAGGCUGGCAAAAUGGUGAUUAAUUUCUUUGGCGUGACCAACAAAGCAUACUGCAAAAAGUCAGUGUUCGAAAACAAGAAAAAAAAAUACAAAAAUGAGGGGUAUUUUAUUUGAACUAAGCAAAAUUAUUUGCCAAUAGAACAAGAAAAUUUGGCUUGUCAAGACUUUCCAAAACAAGUAAAAUUAAAGCUGCAAGCAGCGUUGGUCGGGUGCACCUUUAGCUGCUGCCGCCGUGUCCCGAGUCCCAAUCUUAGUCAGACCUACAUAGAAGUUUUUGUUUCAUCACUCUACGACAUUCCUAACAGAAUUUACAGGCAGUUUUGUCAGUUUUUUUCCCUAGGGGGAGCUAGAGCACAAUUUUCAUUUUUGGGGUUUGGUUUUUUUAUUGGAUGGCAAUUUUCACCAGUCCUGAUGUGUGUGUGUAAAAUUUGGUGAGUUUUGAAGCAUGUUAAGGGGGUCAAAUUACAGAUUGGCGUUUCUGGAUGUUGUUGAUAAAGGGCUUUCACUUGGCAUUGUAUAGCUUUAACUUGCACUUUGAAGCAUGUUAAGGGGGUCAAAUUAGGGUGCGGAGGUGCGAGCGCGCCUUUGGCUGCUGCCCCCGAGACCCACGGUAGAAAACGCCUUGGUGCCACUAUUUAAUGCAUUGUGAAAGUAAUGCAGUUGUUGUAUUGAAGUGAAAAUAUCAAGCUUCCUGUUGAUUUUUGCUAAAGUAUGUUAAUUAUUCAAAUGUAGGUCUAAGUGACACCUACAUAGUGGUUUUUGUUUCAUGUCUCUCUGACAUUCCUACCGGUAGUUUUCUUCCUAGGAGCAGUUUGUCUGUGUUGAAUUCCUAGGGGGCGCUAGAGCACAAUUUUGAGUUUUGGGGUUUGUUUUUUUCAUUAGAUCGCAAUUUCUGCCAGUCCUGAUGUGUGUGCCAAGUUUGGUGAGUUUUGAAGCAUUUUAAGGGGGUCAAAUUACAGCUCAAAGAGGCAAAAAUAGCAUUUUUUGCGAAAAUUUUGCUUUGGAAGCGUUUUUGCAAAAUUUCCGUUGAUUUUAGGUAUAGGAGUUUCUAAUGGGGAACCUAGGUCUAAGUCAGUUCUACAUAGAGGAUUUUGUUUCAUGUCUCUAUGACAUUCCUAACGGAAGUUAUAAGCAGUCUGUUUUUCUGUUCUUCCUAGGGGGCGCUAGCGCGCAAUUUUGAAUUUUCUGGUUUGGGUGCCUAAUAUGUUGGGAAGGCAUUCCCGACCGACGCGUGUGUCAAAUUUGGUGAGUUUUGAAGCAUGUUAAGGGGGUCAAAAUACAGCGCAUAGGCGAGUAUAGGUGCAGAAGAAAGAAAGAAUAAUAAAAUACAGCAGAUUCAAUAGGGCGGACCCUAAUUAGUUAACCUCAACAAACCCAAAAAUACCUUAAAAUAAGUAUCUUCUCAUUUAUAAGAAGUGCACUUUUCUUGGUAGGAAAAAAAAAAAGAGACCUUUUUGCUCAAUAUGUUGAAAAGUAUUCUUAAAUGAAGUAAAUGCUAGUGCCAUUAUAUUGACAUAAUGAUAUGUGCUCGGCCUUAUGAUUUUUUUUUUCAUGCUUGAAGUAAGAAAUUAUUACUUAAAACAAAAUAGUUUUAUACUCGUGAGUGUUGAUGACACAGCUUUGCAACAUUCUAGUUCCAAGCAUGUUUUACUCAAUAUAGGUCAUAAAAUAUUGUAAUAUCUUACUCAGAUAAUUUAGGACCAAAACCCUUGAAACAAGUAAAAAACUAACAUAAAAUCUGCUUAGUGAGAAUAAUUGUCUUAUUGAACAGAAAAUAAGCAAAUGACACCCUUAUUUGAGAUAUUUAAUCUUACUUAGAUUUCAGUUUUUGCAGUGCAAAUUCUGCUGUUAACUUGUAACUGCUGCUACCACUACAGAAAAAUAAAUAAAUACAAAUACAUUUUCCGAAUAAACAGUCUUCUGAGCCAAAUCUAAUCCGUCAGAUAGUUUUUUGAUUGAUUGAUUCUUUUAUUAGUAGAUUGCACAGUUCAGUACAUAUUCCGUACAAUUGACCACUAAAUGGUAACACCCCAAUAAGUUUUUCAACUUGUUUAAGUCGGGGUCCACGUUCAUCAAUUCAUGGUAUAGUUAAUAUGAACUUUUCAACUGUUCAAAAUUAUCCUCGUCAAAAUUCUUACAAUUGUAUCUUCACUGACAAUUGUGAGCUUAUGGCCACGUAUAAGAACUUCCGUAUUUUUCGGAGUAUAAGUCGCACCUGCCGAAAAUGCAUAAUAAAGAAUGAAAAAAACACAUAAGUGUAAGUCGCUGUUAUAAUAUUAUUAUUAGUAUCUCAGAUUUUGAAAAUGUGUGUACAAGCCUUAAGACCGUCCAAUGAUUGUAUGAAACGUGACUUAAGAAGCCGAUUAGUUGCACAAAAGCAACUGAAAAAGCCAGAUUGUCUUGCAGUGCUCUCAGACUAGUAACUGUGGUAGUUGGCACCCCCUUAGCUUUAGCGGCCACAUUUCCAAAGAAUAACCCUCCUUAUAUAAAAGAAGCGUUGUACUUUUUUUUUUUUUUUAAUGAUUUGGCUGCAAAAAUGUUAGUCUGUUUCAAGCUUUUUCAACUAAACUGGUCUGGCGUCACUUUGGCCCGUGGGCCGCUUGUUCAAUAGACAUUCCCCAAGCUCUUUACCCCUGCACUGAUGGCUUUAAUGAAUGUUAAGGUUGCAAAUACUUGGUUAAAAAAUUUUUAAAAACGUGUCUGGUACAAAAUGGGCCGAGCUACUAAAAUCGAAAUAACAUGCAAAACAAUACAAUUGUGUGUACAAUUAGUGGGCGUGUUUGGUGUGAUCUGCUAAGACUGCAUGUUAAAGUUAAAGUACCAAUGAUUGUCAGACACACACUAAAGUGGUGAAAUAUUCUCUGCAUUUGACCCAUCGCCCUUGAUCACCCCCUGGGAGGUGAGGGGAGCAGUGAGCAGCAGCGGUGGCCACGCCCGGGGAAUCAUUUUUGGUGAUUUAACCCCCAAUUCCAACCCUUGAUGCUGAGUACCAAGCUGGGAGGUAAUGGCUCCCAUUUUUAUAGUCUUUGGUAUGACUCCACCGGGGUUUGAACUCACAUCCUAACCGAUCUCAGGGCGGAUACUCUAACCACUAGGCCAGUAGUACACUUAAAUGGGACGGCGUGGCGCAGUGGGGAGAGUGGCCGUGCGCAACCCGAGCGUCCCUGGUUCAAUUCCCACCUAGUACCAACCUCGUCACGUCCGUUGUGUCCUGAGCAAGACACUUCACCCUUGCUCCUGAUGGGUGCUGGUUGGCGCCUUGCAUGGCAGCUCCCUCCAUCAGUGUGUGAAUGUGUGUGUGAAUGGGUAAAUGUGGAAGUAGUGUCAAAGCGCUUUGAGUACCUUGAAGGUAGAAAAGCGCUAUACAAGUACAACCCAUUUAUCAUUUAUUUAUUUAAAUGUGUACUACUGGUAUUAUGUGUCCAUAGAAACACUAAUUUCUCCCACAUUCAUGUUUAUUAUGCUCUUCAACAAGCACGUGUCAUUAAUAUUGACCAACUGCUCUGCAAUAUAGAAUCACAACUAUUUUUAAUUAGCCCCCUAAGUCAUCCAGGAGUUUUAACAUGAUGAAAUAAUAUUGCUGAAAAGACGAUAUGUUAUGUUUUAAUUUCAGUUGACUAGGGGUGUGGGGAAAAAAUCGAUUCGAAUAUGUUGUGCGAUUCAGAAUCGAUUAUUUUUUAUUUUAAUCCAUCCAUCCAUCCAUCCAUCCAUCAUCUUCUGCUUAUCCGAGGUCGGGUCGCGGGGGCAGCAGCCUAAGCAGGGAAGCCCAGACUUCCCUCUCCCCAGCCACUUCGUCUAGCUCUUCCCGGGGGAUCCCGAGGCGUUCCCAGGCCAGCCGGGAGACAUAGUCUUCCCAACGUGUCCUGGGUCUUCCCCGUGGCCUCCUACCGGUUGGACGUGCCCUAAACACCUCCCUAGGGAGGCGUUCGGGUGGCAUCCUGACCAGAUGCCCGAACCACCUCAUCUGGCUCUUCUCCAUGUGGAGGAGCAGCGGCUUUACUUUGAGUUCCUCCCGGAUGGCAGAGCUUCUCACCCUAUCUCUAAAGGAGAGCCCCGCCACACGGCGGAGGAAACUAAUUUCGGCCGCUUGUACCCGUGAUCUUAUCCUUUCCGUCAUGACCCAAAGCUCAUGACCAUAGGUGAGGAUGGGAACGUAGAUCGACCGGUAAAUUGAGAGCUUUGCCUUCCGGCUCAGCUCCUUCUUCACCACAACGGAUCUAUACAAAGUCCGCAUUACUGAAGACGCCGCACCGAUCCGCCUGUCGAUCUCACGAUCCACUCUUCCCCCACUCGUGAACAAGACUCCUAGGUACUUGUACUCCUCCACUUGGGGCAGGGUCUCCUCCCCAACCCGGAGAUGGCACUCCACCCUUUUAUUUUAAUCAAUUUUUUUUAUUUUUUUAAUCAAUCUAACAAACCACUACACAGCAAUACCAUAACAAUGCAAUCCAAUUCCAAAACCGAACCUGACCCAGCGACACUCAGAACUGCAAUAAACAGAGCAAUUGAGAGGAGACACAAACACGACACAGAACAAACCAAAAGUAGUGAAACAAAAAUGAAUAUUAUCAACAACAGUAUCAAUAUUAGUUAUAAUUUCAGCAUAGCAGUGAUUAAAAAUCCCUCAUUGACAUUAUCAUUAGACAUUUAUAAAAAUAAUAAAAAAGAACAAUAGUGUCACAGUGGCUUACACUUGCUUCGCAUCUCAUAAGCUUGACAACACACUGUGUCCAAUGUUUUCACAAAGAUAAAAUAAGUCAUAUUUUUGGUUCGUUUGAUAGUUAAAACAAAUUUACAUUAUUGCAAUCAGUUGAUAACUCAUUGUCCUUUACAAUUAUAAAAGCUUUUUAUAAAAAAUCUCCUACUCUGCUUGCAUGUCAGCAGACUGGUGUAGAUCCUGCUGAAAUCCUAUGUAUCGAAUGAAUACAGAAUCGCGUUGAAUCGAAAAAAAAUCGAUACAUUAUCGAAUCAUGACCCCAAGAAUCGAUAUCGAAUCGAAUCGUGGGACACCCACAGAUUCGCAGCCCUACAGUUGACCCACAAAAGAUUCUGUGUCUUUGCAGCAUGAUCCUCUUCUUUUCCACAGCCAUUUAUUUUUAAUUUAUUUUAGAUAUCCGACACACUAAAUAAAAGAUGCAAACUGGCGCACGCAGAACGGUUUUAGAUUUGAUAAAUCACUUUGCACGAGCUUAAUAAUUAUAUUUGCAUGUUAUCCUACUUUUGUGGGCUUUCUGAUGAGCAGCAUAUAUUCUGUGCAUAUUCACAAUCCUCUGCCAAGACCUUUUGAUUGAUUGAUUGAUUGAUUGACACUUUUAUUAGUAGAUUGCACAGUACAGUACAUAUUCCGUACAAUUGACCACUAAAUGGUAACACCCGAGUAAGUUUUUCAACUUGUUUAAGUCGGGGUCCAUGUUAAUCAAUUCAUGGUAUAGUAGACCUUAGUACAUCAGGCCCAUUGUGUGCUGACUUCCGUGAGACAAACCUAACAGGUGGUUUUUAUUGCAAACUGUCAAAGCUGCUGAAUUUCUCGUUAUCAACAAAUAUGAAGAACGUGUUUGAAAUGAAGAUUUGUCUUUGUAAAUAGACUGUCAAUGGAAACAAGCGGUGGAAGAUGGAUGGAUGUAUUGUAAACGUUCACUUUGCUGCCUUUUCUCCAUGUGUUGUGAAUCGGGGAAAUGUCGUGUAUAUCUUGCUAUUAUUUAUUCACAAAGUGGAUAGCGGAGAUGUUGUUGAUUUGCUGUGGUGUGGCUCAAAAUAUAGAAGCAGUCAAAUAAGCCCAAUGUGAUUCAUAUCCGAGCUACAUUAAUAUUGUUGUUGUUUUUUUCAUUUUAAAAGUCCUUUAUCUUUUUAUUGCCACUGCUCCAUUUUAUAUAUAUAUAUAUAUAUAUAUAUAUAUAUACACUUUUUUUAUUGUAUUGAGGUAGGCUACGAAUAAAACAGAAUUAAAAAAAAAUCUAUUAUAUACAGUAAAAAUAAUUAAAUAUAUAUUUUUCGAGUAACAAGACAGCUUAAAUGAAAAAGACUUUAAAUAAUGAUAUAAUUAUAAAUGGUAUAUUGGUGUUAAUUCAGUCCAACUUUCACACUGUGCAGCUGAUGUUUAUUAUAUUUGUCAUAAUUGUACAUGAUGUUUUGUAGACAAAACGCUUUGUUUUUUUACAUGUCUUUUUUUUUGUGAGGACAAUCACGUAAUUUAUUCUGCAUCUUGUUUGUUACUUGAGUACCACUUUGUUUUCACUGUGAAAUAAAAUGCACAUAAAAAUGGA